UCAAUGUAAUUCCUGAUGAUGUUUCUUCUUAUGGAACUCGAGAGUAUUGGAAUCAACGUUAUUCUAAAGAACCAUCAGAUGUUUCUUUCGAUUGGUUUAAAACAUAUAAAGAUUUAAAGCCCUUGUUUGAUGAACAUUUACAAAAUAAAGGUGUUUCAAUUUUGAUGUUAGGUUGUGGAAAUUCUACACUAUCUGAGGACAUGUAUGAUGCGGGAUAUCACAAUAUAACAAACGUUGACUUUUCGGAAAUUGUAAUUGAAAAUAUGCGAAAUCGGUGCAUUGAUAAAGUUGGAAUGUCAUGGUUGGUAAUGGAUAUUCGAGAUCUAACAUUUCCGGAGGAGACAUUUGACGUGAUUAUUGAUAAAGGUACAAUGGAUGCAUUGAUGGGUGAUGAAGGUGAUGUAUGGGAUCCAAAACUAGAAGCUAUCGAGAAUGUUAAAAAAGGUGUUGAUCAAGUCGUGAG